AUGAUCUUCAAACAAAUUGCAGAGAAAGCCAGCCAAGUGCUGAUGGGCUCGGACGCAGUAACGCAGAGCGAUUUAAAAGUGAAGACCCCGGUGGGCAAAGAAACCAAAUCUAUAAUCCCCCACCAAUGCAACGGGGCUGAUACCGCUGGAGGAAGCACCCAUGUCAACGCCGAACGGGACAAGUUGCACACCAAAAUGAGCCACAAAAAAAGAAUACACGAACGAGCGAAAAAAAAAGUGAACCUGUUCUUAAAAAGAUACAAACUGGAAGGACGUAAAAAAAAAAAAAAAAAAAAAACAAACCCCUCCAAGUUAUCCAAGUCAUGCACGUCGUCCACUUUGUUACUCUCACGAGCAAAAAAUAGAGGAGUGAAAAAGUUGAAAAAAAUCACUAAACUGGAAAAGAUUAAGGACGACUAUUUUACCAUUCUUAAUUUGCACAAAGAAUUUGUAGACAAAUAUGAGGAGGAGAAGUCCUUCCGGGAGACCAUCAAAAGUUACCACUCGAAUGAGUUAGCCAAGGAUUGUUCCUACGCAGUUUUUUUCUUCCGUCUUUUUGUGAGAGGGGAAUACCUGAACGGGGAAGCCCUCACGGAAGCGCUCACCAAGGAUAAUCGUAAACCUGCCGAAUCGGCAACCCACGUGCCUCCUCUUCCCGUAGAUGACUCCAACCCAGAUAAAAAAUCACAAAUAAAGAAAAAAAAAUUUAAGAACGCCAUCGCCUUCCUCAAUGGAAGGAACACACGCCUCCUCAUGUGUGACUAUCUAAAAGUCUUAUUGAACAAUAUACAGAAUGAGAGUGAAGUCAGCACAAACUUCCUCAUCCUAGAAUACGUUGCUUCACACGACACGAAGGAACAGAAGAAUUACACGCAGAUGAUUAAUCUGCACAAAUUAGGAGGACACGUGAAGGAGGAACAGUCCACUUUAUCCUACAGUCUCAGUUCUGUAAAGGAAGCAGGCACAAGUCCCUUUCCGAGUGGGGGACCCAUCAUCGAAAACGCGCAAAGUCAACAUUUGGAAAACAAUCCAGGUGGAAGUAACGCACAAAAGAAUGGUAGCAAUGGUAACAAUGGUGGCAACCCAACGGACGUAACUACCAGUGGUGGUAGAAACGGGGCAAACGCAGAUUCCAUCCAAAUGAACGAACUCCUAUUUAACAGAAUCUUAAGCAACUUCGUAACCGAACUGAGGAGCUUCUUCUUUUCCGUCAUUGCGAAAAUUCAGACAAGCCAAGUGGUAUCCCAACUUAUAGUUGCCUUCGCAGAAAUUUGCCUCACGUUAACACCCUACUAUGUGCACAUAAUAAACCUCAUAGAAAUUCUCUCCGAUUUUGCAAGCAUCAUUCCGGUUAGAUACAUGGAUUAUCUGAUGACCUUCUUCCAAAGGAACAAAAAUAUUUUCAUCGAAAAAUAUAAGGAAUUCCAAAACUUUGUCAUUUUUAACGACCCCAUAAAAACGCAAUCCGUUGGAGCUCGACUUAUUGGCUUCAUAAAAAAUCUGCAAAAAAAAAAUGCACUAAAUAGGAAACAAAAAUCCAGCAAUGUUUUCUUCCUUCAUAUGUUACUUUCCGAAUGUUUGCCGAUCAAUCAUCUUGGCUUUUGCAACAGACAGUCGGCAAAAAAUAAUUUCCACCUUUUGUUCUACGACUCCAUGCAACGUUGUAAAAACACGGCCAAUGAUGAGUCCCUCAUUUUUAACGACUUCGAAUUGGGCAUUCAGGAAAAUGUCAAAAAUCACGCCAAAAUUAGGGAACUCAUUUUGGCUGAAAUUGACGCACGUUGUGUGCAAGCAUCUACCAACAGUGGGGGCGACGCGAAAACGGAUGGAGAUCACUCCGAUCAGGUUGAUCAGGUUGGUCAAGUUGGUCAAGUUGAUCAGGUUGAUCGGGAUCACCACCACAACGGCGAAGCGAACCAGUCGACCCACCCACCUAACAAAGACAAGAAGACCCACACAAAUGGAAAGGACUCCAUCGGAAAGCGAAAGAGGGACGAAGAAGACACUCCAGACCAAAUCCCCCACAGUGAUAAGAAAGAUGUGAAAAGGCCAAAACGGAACAAAUUAAGUGAAAGUCCAAAUGAAGAAAGCAAAAAUUACAAAGUGUACCUAGCCUACCUGUACCUCAUUUCCUUCAUCCGUUACCCUGAAAUGUGUACCGCUCAGAAUUGUGCCCCCCUGGAAGACGCCUACCACUCAUUUAACAUCCUCAUGGCACAUAUAAAAAAUUUUAAAAAAGAAAAUAUCGCCAACCCAAAUGUUGUUAGGGAGUACCUCUACAACGCGGACGUAGACUUCCUAGGAAACAUACACAUGUACAAUUUGCUCAUUCGGGACAAGAAUUUUCUUUGCGUCUUCUUUUUUAACAUCCUCCUUGUGCUCAACUACCUAAACGUUGAACUGAACAUUUUAACGCCCACUACAGAUGGAGGCGGCCCCCCCAGUGAAUACAAAACGACGGACUCGAAAGGGAAAGAAUCGAACCGAUCGAAUAAUGCUACACAUAAUGCAGACUCUACGAAUCAACCUGCAUCUACGCACUCAUCAGAUGUAACAAGAAAUAGCGAAGAAAAAAGUGGAAAUUCUCCAUUUUCGCGGAAUCCCUCAAGGACGUACUUAAAAAAUGCCAAAGAAGGAACAUCACACGUAGGAAGCAGCACGAACAGUCUUACCACCAAAGGUAGGGAUAACGACGCCACUCAAGCAGCAAUAUCAAGUAACAGUAGGGGUAACCAAAACGUCACCAGGGAAAGUAAAGAAGUGAAAGAUGUAAAAGAAACUAACCCAAGCGAUACAAAAGGGAAAGACCUCCCCUCGGCUAGCGAAAGGACAAAACAUAUUUUGCACUCAUUUGUGAAGGACUUAUUACGUUAUCUAGGCAACUCCAAAGGUUUGCAAUUCUUUAUGAGUCUUCUAGCCUCCGAAUAUUGCUGGUACAGUUGGAAAAAACAACUCACCGGAAAACCGACAAAAGAAAAUUUAGAAUCGCCUUUCGAAUUUACCCGUCUGGAAGAUCAAUCGGAGAGGAAGGUAAAAGACGGAAAACAUAAAACGAAUCCUAGUGAUAACGCAAUGGUGGACGAAAACUCUUCCCCCCUGCAGAGUCUAAUUCAACUCGUACAUAAUUUUGAACUGCUAAAUGAAAAAAUGAAAAAUUAUUAUUUAGCCAAUUUGGAUAAUCCCAAUUUGAGAAAAAAUCCCUACAAGUACACAAAGCUGAUUCGCAGUUGUGAGAGUGGUGCGAAUGGACCUACUGCGGAUGAAGAAGAGGGGGAGGGUAGCCAAUUCGCCGCCCCAACCGAUGGCGAAAACUACAAUAAUGCAUAUGAGGUGGAUCACAGAGGGCACACCGCCAAGGAAAACAUCCACGAAACGAAUGAACUUCCCGACGAACGUAACGACGUGAAGACGUACCCCCAAAACCUGCGUGACAUCCGCAAAGUGAACAACUUCCUCCUCGAAAUUAACAAAAUUUACCUCGGCAGACAAGCCGAAUUCUGGGAACUAGACGAUACGGACUCAAUAACCGAUUUGAAGAAAAAAAAAAAUGAAGAAAAAAUAUUGAUAGAAAAAUUAAUCGACAAAUUGGAAGAUUACAAACAGAAAAUGCAAAUUGAUAAUGAUCCUGUUAACGAAAUUGAGGAAAGUGAAAAAAGUAAGAACGAUCCCGUCUUCAAAUUCAGGCUAGCCAAAUUGUUUAUCGUAAAGUAUAUUGACCUGUACACAAUUGUGAAGGAUAAGGAAUUCUCCACGGAUUGUGAUUUUCUCUACAAUCUGAUGGUACAUAUGGAUAAAAAUUUGGCCAAGAAGAAAAUUCUGCUCAGCGCACAGGAGGGCGAAGUGGGCGAGGACGGCAAAACGGACGGCGAAGGGGGGGAUGAAGUAAACGGAGAAGAGGCAAAAACGGAGGGGGAAAAAGUUACGAUGGAAGAAGAACCCGAGCAGAAAGCAUAG